GCUUGCUUCGAGGGUCAGUGAUUGGUCCAGCCAGAGAUGUGGUUCACCAGCUGGAUGCCAACAGUGUCACAGCAGCAGCACUAAGGAAGAAACGCAAGUCCACCUUGUCGACCUUUGCCCCGGUCAUGGAGGAGGACAAAGACAUUGACCCCGAAAAGCUGAUGGGGGAGAGAGGGGUCCACCAGAUGUCCACUGGCAAGAAAUCUGAUGACAAUGUCUUUGAUGAUGAUAGUGAGGACUGGGCACAGAUUGCAGAAAUCAUCUCCAGUUAUGGGGGUAGAAUCAGCUCGUCCGGGGACUAUGCGCUAUUUGAGGCGCAGAUAGACCACAUGUUGUCAGCCAAAGGAGACAGCAAGAUACAGAGUAUUGGUGAGUGGCUGGCAGAUAUAGGACUCCCCCAGUAUGAAAACACUCUUGUAGCAAACGGGUUCGACGACACUGAUUUUCUGGGUGGAAACAUUCUAGAGGACCAGGAUCUGGUAGCCAUUGGAGUAGCAGACCCUUACCACAGGCAGAUGAUUCUAGAGGGAGCCUCUAGUCUGGCCAAGUUCAAACCCAUAGAUCCCUCGUGUCCACCUGACUCCGUGGAGGAGUGGCUGGGCUCACUUCGACUGGACUACUACUACGACACGUUCAUGUCCCACAAAUAUGAUACCAUGGACAGGGUCAUCAAACUGUGGGAGCUGGAGCUAGUGACCGUAUUAGACAUCACAUCCAUAGGGCACCGCAAGCGAAUUCUGGCCUCACUUGGAGAGAGACCUCUUGAAACAAAUGUGACUCGAACCAGAGUGCCCAGUUUGGAAGGCUUGAGUAAUCCCAGAUCUCCAUUUGAACAUGUUGACUUGUACAGAGAUUACACAGGUGUCAAAUCCCGGGUGUCCGACCCAGGAAGUGAUUCUGAUGUGGGUCAAGGAACUCAGGAGUUUGAUGUUUCCAACCAGACUUCUCCAGUUCAGGGACAAACCAACCAUGACAGUUCCAUUCAUAUCCGAGCACCUCAUCUGGUACAUUACACAGGAGCCAUCAAACAGUGGAGGCAUAAGCCUGAAGUACUCAUCAAAGGCUGUUGUAACUACACUGCACAUUAUUUGGGUUCAACACUGGUCAGAGAGCUCAAGGGAGCUAUGUCCACUCAGGAAGGCAUUGCAAAGUUGAAGAAAUCAUCAGAAGUCAUCAACAAGAUUCCCACCAUCGUCUUGUCCAUAUCAUUUAAAGGGGUCAAAUUCAUCGACGCAGCGUCCAAGAAAGUAGUGUGCGACCACGAGAUCGCCAACAUUUUCUGUGCCUGCCAGGACGGAGAGCACAUGAACUUCUUCGCCUACAUCACCAAGGAUCGGGAGGUGGGCAAGCAUUAUUGCCACGUCUUCAGUGUCCGCAGCAAG